AUGUGCCGGCAGGACUUGUUCCUUAAACUGCUGGAGAACAGUGCGGUUAGACCAGGUGCUGUCUGUUCUGCCCUGUGGCGAUGGGCGAGCGACGAAGCAGCAGGUGUGGAUACACUGGGAGCUGUAGUUGCAGACCUGCACACAGGCGGCCCAGGUCUAAUGGUCGCUUUCGUACUGACUGAAGCAGCAGUGAACUCGGCGUCUACCUGGGUGUCUGAGCAGCCCUUUUUUAGGGAUGCACUGCUCACCUCACAUGAGGAAGGGACUAGAAAAGCAAGCCGCGGUUGGCGGGAAUCCCACACCAGCGGUCGAAAUAAAGGAAAGAAAAAAUUUAAGGUGACACCGAUCACCUUAGGCACAUGGAAUGUGCGUACAUUACUUGACAACCCUUCAACAGACAGACCAGAGAGGAGAACUGCUUUAGUUGCCAGAGAACUUGCUAGAUAUAACAUCGACAUUGCAGCACUGAGUGAGACUCGUUUCGCUAAUGAGGGGCAGCUGACUGAAAAUGUAGGCGGCUACACUUUCUUCUGGAGUGGCCGUUCUGCCGAUGAGCGCCGAGAGUCUGGGGUAAGUUUUGCCAUCAGGAACCAUCUUGUGCAAAAGCUUGCCAAUCUCCCUAAAGUUACAAACGAUCGUCUCAUGUCAAUGCAGAUUCAUCUACAUGAUGGUAAACGGGCCACACUCAUCAGUGCCUAUGCACCUACAAUGAAAAAUCCUGAAGAUGUGAAAGACAGAUUCUACGAAGAUCUGGAUACUAUGCUUUCAUCCGUGCGCAGUACUGAUAAGCUGAUCCUACUUGGGGAUUUUAACGCAAGGGUAGGCCGUGAUUCUGCCUGGGAUGGAGUCAUUGGAAAGAGUGGGGUAGGCAAGUGCAACAGCAAUGGCCUGCGCCUGCUGGAGUUAUGCUCAUCACAUGGUCUGCUAUUAACCAACACAAUAUUCCGGUUGUCCAACAGGAACAAAACAUCAUGGAUGCACCCCCGGUCGAAACACUGGCAUCUUAUCGACUACAUCAUUGUCAGGAAGAAAGACAGACAGGAUGUCAGAAUUACCAAGGCCAUGUGUGGUGCAGAGUGCUGGACUGACCACAGACUCAUCAUCUCUAAAAUGAACAUACGCAUCAAACCAAAGAGACGUCCACAGGGAUGUAUGACCAAAAAGAGGAUAAAUGUUGCCAAGCUGAAAAACCUUCAAACAAGUGCAGCUCUAUCCACAGACCUAGAUUCCAAAAUUGCCAACUUCAAUCCUGGAGGUAACGUCGAAGAAGACUGGCAAUCCUUUAGGGACACAGUUCACUCAACUGCAGUUCAAGUGUUGGGCUACCCUUCCCGACAUCAGCAUGAUUGGUUUGAUGAGAAUGAUGAGGAGAUUCAGGCCCUACUUGAUGAAAAGCACAGACUUCAUCGUGCUUACCAAGAUGAUCCAACUUCAGUCUACAAGAAGAAUGCCUUUGCCAGUGCACGGAGAACAGUUCAGUGUAAGCUGCGGGCGAUGAGAGACUCCUGGCUCAGUGCUAAGGCUGAUGAAAUCCAAGCCUAUGCCGACAGAAAUGAUACAAAGCGGUUCUAUGAAGCUCUCAACACCAUAUAUGGACCUCGAUCGUCAGGAAAUUCCCCUCUCUUGAGCUCAGAUGGGACUUCACUAAUUACCAAGAAGGAAAAGAUCUUGCAUAGGUGGGCUGAACAUUUUGAAGCUGUCCUCAACCGUCCUUCUUCCAUCAAUGAUAAGGCAAUAGACAGGUUGCCCCAGGUCAACAUCAACACGACCAUGGAUGUUCCACCUGUUGAAUCAGAAGUCAGGAGGCAAUAA